CAUGAAGAUCAUUUUGGUGUGGAUGAUAAUUUACUUUUGCUUAAAUAAAUGAUCUUAUACUUCCCCCACUGCAUCAUUUGAAUAACUGAAUGUCUUCAAACUUUUAACUUUUAAUGUGACCCAGUUGAUGUGAUUCAUAACACAAAAGCAGCAGAGAGCAAACUCACAGAUGACCAACUGGAUUGGGAUCUGGGGAGUUUGGAGGCCUGAUCCAACACCUUGGGCUCUUGGUCAUGUUCCUCGAGCCAUGUCUGAGCAAUAUUUUCGGGCAUUGCAGGGUGUACUGUCCCGCGGAAGGAAAUAAAGGAGUGCUGUUGUCAAAACAGGGUGUUCUUGGUUGGCAACAGUGUUUAGGUGGGUGGUAAGUGUCAAAGUAUCAUCCACAUAAAUGCUCUCUGGACCUAUUGGUGGUUUUAAUGUUUGACUAAUUGGUGUAAAUUACAUUAAUUACAUGAAUUGCAUAAGUUCAUUUAUAGUUUUUUCCAUUAAAGCAAUUCAGCAGUUUCAUAUAUUUAAUUAACAAGCUUUAAAAUAUGGUAAAUGAGGCAAACAUGUCUGAACAGAACAGAUAAAAUAAUUCAGGAAAACUAUACAUAACACAAGAGAAAAACAACCUGCUCCCUCAUAUCUACUGUCUACUUAAAAAACAAAUAGAUGGCAGAUGUUAUAUUUGCCUUAAAUAUGGCUCAGACACUUGCAUGUCAUCCAUUCCUCUCUCUUUCUCUGUCUCAUGUUUACUCUUGCUAUAAAAUGUUUAAAAAAAGGCAGAAAAUGAACAGAAACUGUCAUUCCUUCACAUUAUUACAGUGCUAGAAUGACAUCUAGGCCAAUGCUGGCCUCUGAGGCUGCACUGAUUCCACUGUUCCAGGGCAAAUGGAGAUGCAACAUUACUUUUGUCCUGGACAGCUCAGAGAACAUGAGAGCUGUUCUGGGGUCAGUGAAACGCCUGCUGAUCCAGACUCUGCUGACCAAAGCUUCUCUCAGGGACUCACUCUUCAACCUCAUGACUUUCUCCAGCAAGGUGCACUGUUGGUCCCACCACAUGCUUCCCUGUGCUCCAGACACAGUGUACACAGCCCUGUCCUGGAUUCACUCCAUCAGCUGCAGCCCCGGCAGGGAUCUCCUGGCUGUCCUGACUGUGGCUCUCGCUGACCCCCUCUGUCAGACUGUCCACUUGCUCUGCUCAGAUCUCCCCGAGCAGCCAGAGGCCCUGCUAAGAGUCCUGCCUGCCCUGGCUGCUGGGAGGCCUGUGAACAUCUUCUAUCUGCAGGACUCCGGCAGGCAGCUGGACAGGAACACCAGAGACUACCUGCAGGGUCUGACCCGGACCACAAGAGGGAGCUGUUAUCUAAUUCCAUUUACUUUGAAUGGAGUGUUGGACAAGGUGAUUCCUCUGUAUGUUGCUGAGAGCCAGUCAUCGGUGCCAACUGUGUCUCCAGCCCAGUGCUGCUGGUGUCACCACACAUCUUCAUCCCUUCUCAGGUGUAGUGUGGGUAAUCUGCUCCGUCCAGUUGCCCCCUGCGUGCUGCCUGGUCAAACCCUAGCUGGUCCAGAGUUCUUCCCAGGAUGCAGAGUGUUGGCCAGGAGGGAGGUGGACGGUCUUUACUACCUGGGCACCGUGACACAGCAAGUACAGGGCCGCAAGGGAGUUUGGGUCGUUGAGUUUGACCAUCCAGGAAGUGCUAGUGCAGGGGUCGUCUCCUCCAAACGGCAGCUGGUUUGCUCGCCUGACAUGGUCAAAGACAGCAGAGCUCAUUCACACUGUCUCGUACCUGGCGAUGCUGUCCUGUCACCAUGGGAACCGGAUCUAAGGAGAUUUGGUCCAGGACGAGUGAUGGCAGCCACUGAGAGCAGAGAUGGUUUUAGAGCUCAUGCUGUUACAAGCCUCCGGGUGCUGAUGUGGAACAGUUGUGUGUCUCUGGUUCCUGACAGCCUGGUUUUACCUGUUUCAGCUUCUCAGCAUGACAGAAUAGUCAGGGAGCUCCAAAUCCUAACACCAGCUCCAAGUCUGUACUGCUGCUGGCUUCGUACCCACAGCUCCAUCUCCACUCCCCAGAUGUUGUGCAAUGACUGCUGCCAGUCAGCGUCUACGUCUUGCAGCUGUUCAGUCACAAACCGCUGGCCUUGUGUAGUUCCACACAGCUGCAGGACCAGCCUUGGGGGAACAGAUGGGUUUGACAGGGCAGAGCAAAAUAAUCAAGCGGACCUCAGAAAUGCAGAUGUGAGGAUGAACGACUCUGAGGUUCCAUCCUCUUCUUCUUCUCUUUCUGAGGAUGGGACCAGGGCAUCAAUUUCUCCUGCAGUAAAGCUGAGGAGUAAACAGCAGCGUCCUCCCUGGAGGUACUGGAGAAGAACUGGGCCAGAACCACAGCACAGACAACCAGGGAGUGCAGCCACCAGGAGGUCAUCACAACCUGUAAGGUUCAGCUUCCCUGUCCCACAGAUCAGCGCCUCUCCAAAUCACAGCUCCUUGUUUCAGUCACUUCCUGGUACUAAAGGAAGACGAGCGAACAUCAAAGAUGUUUUUGGAAUGACAAAUUUCCAACCUCGACCGCCAGCGAGACUGCAGUGUUUCUCUGGAAACAAUGCCUCUGCCGUUUACACAUAAGUGUCAGUGCAUGUUUGGUAAAAUAUAUUGGUGAAAGAACAAACAUAAAAUUGAUGAAAAAAUACAUUUAUUUUAUAUACUGAAGCGGUAUUAGUGCAGGUAAAAUCAUUCAGAAGUGCAUUACAUGAUGCUCUACGGCAAAAUUGUGACAUGCAAUCCAAAUAAAACAC